UGCUUGCACAGGGGGUGUCCCCUCCUCAGGAACAAAGGACAGGAAUGUCCCCAAUGUCCCCAACAGGUGCUGGGACAGAGGGGUGACAUCAGGGGCCAGGAAUAGCCCCCAGUUAUCCCACCCCCCUUUGUCCUCACCCAGAUGAUCCCCUGGGGGUUUCAAAGCGUCCCCCUCCUCUCGAAGACGGCUCUGCCCAUUGUGUCCCCCAGGACAAAGACAAAGCCUGAACCCCACUGCCCCCCAUUGUGGGAGGGGUGCAGCCGAUGGUGUGCCCCCCUGCCCGCCAAGGCUGAGCCUUGCACCCCGCAGCCCCCUCCCCCUCCUGGAUGACCCCCCCCCCUCCGUGUCACCCCGACAGCUGCAGGUGUCGGGUGACGGUGACAUUUUAGUGGCAUCUGGGGAACAAUGUGGGGGAAUUUGGGGGGGGGCUCCUGGCACCCCCGAGAGGGGUGGAAUGAUGUCAUGGGGGUGGGGUUACCCCCCCACAUAAAGGCUCUCUGUAGAAAGGGGCGGCGCGACUCCAGCAGAGCCCACGGGACCGACUCCACCGGUGGGGGUGUUUUGGGGGGUCCAUGGGGUUCUGGGGGGAAGGUGUAGGUCCAUGGUGGGGCUGAGGGUUGUGGGGAGGGGGCUAUCAAAGUAUGAGAAUGAUGGAGGUUGGGCUGUGGUGGUCUAUAGGGCCAGAGGGGGGGCUAUAGGGUGAUGGGAGGGCUGCAGGAGGCACCUAUAGGUACUGGGGGAGUUUCGGGGUGGGGUCAGCUUCCCCCUGACCCCCCCAACACAAUUCCCUCCCCAGGUACCCCCCGACCCGCAGCCAUGUCCGAAGCUGAGGAGGAGUACGAGGAGGAGCAGCCUGAAGAGGAAGAGUCAGCGGCGGUGGAGGAGGAGGAGGAGGAGGAAGCAACAGAGCCUCCCAAAACUCAUGAGGAGCCAGAAGAGGAGCGGCCUCGGCCUCGGCCGCUGGUGCCCCAACUGGCCCCCCCCAAGAUCCCCGAGGGGGAGCGCGUGGACUUUGAUGACAUCCACCGAAAGCGCAUGGAGAAGGACCUCCUGGAGCUGCAGACCCUCAUCGAUGCCCAUUUUGAGCAGCGGCGCCGCGAGGAGAACGAGCUGGUGGCACUGAUGGAGCGCAUUGAACGGCGCCGGGCAGAGCGCAACGAGCAACUGCGGAGCCGCACAGAGAAGGAGCGCGAGCGGCAAGCAAGGCUGGCAGAGGAGAAACUCCGCAAGGAGGAGGAGGAGGCCAAGAAGCGCGCCGAGGAUGAUGCCAAGAAGAAGAAAGUCCUGUCCAACAUGCCCCACUUCGGGGGGUACCUGGCCAAGGCGGAGCAGCGGCGCGGCAAGCGGCAGACGGGGCGGGAGAUGAAGCUGCGCAUCCUGGCUGAGCGCAAGAAGCCCCUCCACAUUGAGAACAUGCGGGAGGACGAGCUGCGGGCCAAGGCCAAGGAGCUGCACGACUGGAUCCACCAGCUGGAGUCAGAGAAGUUCGACCUGAUGGAGAAGCUGCGGCGCCAGAAAUACGAGAUCAACGUCCUAUACAACCGCAUCAGCCAUGCCCAGAAAUUCAAGAAGGUGGUGGGCAAGGGCCGCGUGGGGGGGCGCUGGAAGUGACGCCCCCCCCCGCCCCGUGCUGCUGCGGGCCAAUAAACCUCCGCUCCGUCCGUC